CCUGCCUGCUGACUCCCUCCGCAGCCUCCUCAGCCUUCCCGCUCUCCUCAGGGCUCCCGCCACUACACCCCGCUUGUCCGCCCUCGGGCUUCCCGGUUUCCUACCUUCCCUCCCCCUCGGAGCCCCCUCGCCGUGGGCAGCCGGCAUGCAGGUGUCUAUCGCGUGUACUGAGCAGAACCUUCGCAGCCGGAACAGUGAGGACCGUCUGUGCGGACCCCGGCCGGGCCCCGGGGGCGGUAACGGUGGGCCUGUCAGCGGGGUGCACGGGAAUCCUCCAGGAGGAGGAGGGUCGGGCCCCAAGGCCCGGACCGCAGUGGUCCCCCGACCCCCAGCGCCCCCUGGGGUCCUCCGAGAGAGCACCGGCCGAGGCACUGGCAUGAAAUACAGAAACCUAGGAAAGUCUGGUCUUCGUGUGUCCUGUCUGGGCCUAGGUACCUGGGUCACAUUUGGUUCUCAGAUCUCGGAUGAGACAGCAGAGGACGUGCUGACAGUAGCCUAUGAGCAUGGUAUAAACCUGUUUGACACCACCGAAGUGUAUGCAGCUGGAAAGGCUGAAAGAACCCUAGGCAACAUCCUCAAGAGCAAAGGUUGGAGGAGAUCAAGCUAUGUCAUCACCACCAAGAUUUUUGGGGGAGGACAGGCAGAAACUGAGCGAGGCUUGAGCCGCAAACACAUCAUUGAGGGCUUGCGAGAAUCUCUGGAACGUCUCCAGCUGGGAUAUGUGGACAUCGUCUUUGCUAACCGCUCAGAUCCCAACAGUCCCAUGGAGGAGAUUGUUCGAGCCAUGACCUAUGUCAUCAACCAGGGCCUGGCUCUAUACUGGGGGACAUCCCGAUGGGGGGCUGCAGAAAUCAUGGAGGCCUACUCUGUGGCCAGACAGUUCAAUCUGAUUCCUCCAGUGUGUGAACAAGCAGAGCACCAUCUGUUUCAAAGAGAAAAGGUGGAGAUGCAGCUGCCAGAGCUCUACCACAAGAUUGGUGUUGGCUCAGUCACCUGGUCCCCUCUGGCCUGUGGCCUCAUCCACAGCAAGUAUGAUGGGCGAGUCCCAGACCCCUGCAGGGCCACCAUCAAGGGUUACCAGUGGCUCAAGGACAAAGUGCAGAGUGAGGAUGGCAAGAAGCAACAAGCCAAAGUCAUGGACCUUCUACCCAUAGCUCACCAGCUGGGCUGCACUGUGGCACAGCUUGCUAUUGCGUGGUGUCUCCGCAGUGAGGGUGUCAGCUCCGUCUUGCUGGGGGUGUCGAGUGCAGAGCAGCUGAUAGAACAUCUGGGUGCCCUACAGGUGCUGAGCCAGCUGACCCCGCAGACGGUUGUGGAGAUAGACGGGCUCCUGGGGAACAAACCACAUUCCAAGAAAUAGUCUGUCGGGGGCGCAGAGUCCCAAAUCUGGAGCCGCUACACGCCUGCCCACCCAGAACUGUUUCCCGGAAGCCAAACCCCUCCAGCUCCAGAUCCCUCCACGCAGCUGCCAGAGCCAAGUGGUCCCGCCCACUAACGAG